GUACUUUUUUUCAAGGAAUGUAAUGAAACAACUGUGUACUUCAUUCAUAUAUAAUGUAAUGAACAAUCUAUUACACACACCGAUUAAAUUAUUUCAUAAAAAUUUGUUAUGAUUCUCCAUAAAUGUAAUUAACUAACAAACUCUGUACGUGUAUUACAAAAUAACUUGUUUUUCUUGUGCAAAGAAACAAUAUGUCCACUAUCCUUUUUGGCGUUCACAAUUUUCUAUUUAUCACAUAUUACAAUAUAAAUGUGAGAUGAUGUGAUUGCAUUAAUUGUUUGUUUAAUAAUGUACUGUAUUGCGGAACUUGUUCUCGAAUUUUGUUUGUGAAUCAUGACAGAGUCGGAACUUUGCCGGCUCUGCGCCGAAACCAAAGAGAAUUUUAUUGGAAUUUACGAAGCAGAAGGACAAAAAUUAGCCAUAGAAGCUAAAAUUGCUAAAUGUUUACAAAUUCAGGUAUUAACUAAUGAUGGAUUACCACUUACAGUUUGUAUAGAUUGUUGUAUUUUAUUGAAUCAGUGUAGUGAAUUUUUUGAGAAAACCAAUCAAGCGCAAGUGUCUUUAAGACAAUUACUUCUAGAUCCUAAAGUUGAGCCACAAUCAUUAGAAUCAAAUAUAAAUUAUAUUGAUAAAACUAUUGCAUUUCCAAAAGAAGAAAUUGGCGAAGGAAUUGUUGAAUGUCAUUUAUCAAAUUAUAUCCAUGAUACAUCUAAUGCUUCACGUAAUUACUUUAUUGAAGAAAAUAAAAAUGAUAGCCAUCAAAAAUAUGAAAAUGAAGAACCUCAAGAUAAUGUGAAACAAAAAAAAUGUAAAAUUCAAUUUAAAAAAACGCCGCUUAAACAAACUAGAAAAAAAUUAAAACGAAAAAGUCAAAAAAUGGAGGACCCAGACGUAUACAUAAGUGCUGAUUUAAAAAAAGAACAUAAAAAUAUAGAUAUGAAAACAAAUAUUAAAAUUCCAGAUAAUUAUAUGACAGGUACUGAUACAGACUUAGAAAUUAUAGAAGCACAUACAGUAGAAAUAUUAAAACGCAAAAGAGAAGAAAGUUUAAAUAGGUAUCCAUGGCUUUGCACUGAUUGUAAUGAUAAAUUGCCUAGUUUAGAAAAGUUAGAAGAACAUCAUGAAACUAUUCACAAUCAACAAGCAAAAUAUAUGUGUGUUUUAUGUUGUAAAGUUUAUGAUAAAUAUUAUGGUUUUCUUACUCAUGUCAAACGACACAAAAACAAGACAAAAUUCAGUUGUGAAGAUUGUGGAAAAUCAUUUGUACAUAAAAAGGUGUUAGAUUCUCAUAAAGCAAUUCAUAGUAAGGAACGAUCUCAUGUAUGCCAAACCUGUGGGAAAGCAUUUAAACAACAAAGUGCAUUAUAUAUUCAUAGUCGGUGUCAUUUACCAGAUACUAUGAAAAAUAGAUUUCCAUGUGAUCAGUGUGACAAAAGAUUUUCAACAAAACCAAAUUUAGUCACACAUAAACGUAUCCAUUCUGGUGUUAGAAAUUUUACAUGUGAUCAGUGUGGCAAGAGCUUUAUUCAAAAAGGAAAUCUAGAAGCUCAUUUUUUAACUCACUCUGCAGAUAAGCCAUAUAAUUGCAGUCAAUGCUCAAAAGCUUUCAAAACACCACUACAGUUGAAAAAACAUGAGACAGUUCAUACAGGUGCUAAACCACAUCAAUGUGCUGUAUGUGGAAGAACUUUUAGAGAAAAAGGUACCUUAAGGGAACAUCACAGAAUACAUACUGGUGCAAUGCCAUUUACAUGUGAAUUUUGCGGUAAAUGUUUUCGAUUUAAAGGAAUAUUAACUACACACAGAAGACAACAUACUGGCGAACGUCCAUAUAGUUGUUUAGAAUGUCAACAUCAUUUUACAAAUUGGCCAAAUUAUAAUAAGCAUAUGAAACGUAGGCAUGGAAUUAAUACAUCUCAUGCAAAGCAUUUGUCACAAUCUCAACAGAUACAAUUACAGCAGCAAUUACCAGAGCAGCAAUCAGAACAGUCACAAGCAGAUCACUCAAAUGCUUCAGAACAUUCACUUUCUAUAUCCCCUGUGGAAUCAUCAGCUGUACAUUUGGACUCUUAUCGAGCCGAUCCAAAGUUUGACUGUUCGUUCAAGCUUUUACCCGAGUCAUGACUUGGGAUCCCAAAACUUUUGGGAGUUGGAGCAACAUGAAUUUACAUAGAUCGGGGCUGAUUCUGUUCGAAUUUCUAUCGGCCCGCCUCGAAGUUUCGGAUCCCGAUACUUGGGACGAUCUGUACACCUCUAAUAUCAACUCUUUCAUUGUGGAUCUCGUACGGGCCGAAAACUAAAAAUUGUUAAGAUUUAUAAUUGCUACAAUGAUACAUGUACCAUACGAGACGUAAAUAUUAAUUAACUAAAAAAUUAUAUCAAAAAUUUACUAAAAUGGUAAAACAAUCCUUUUUUCAAAUUUUACAACAUAGUUAAUACAACAUAUCGUCAUUUUAAUCCACAUGAAAAGGCUAAAGCUCACUUUUGGAUUGAUUUGAAAAAAACUGUCCUUUAAUUCUUUAAAUCUCUUUAUGUAAAACAUUUUUUUUAAAUAGAGCGAUUUGAAAGGAGGUAACAAAAAAUAAAGUUCACAUCAAUAACAGUCGCAAUUUACAGGAAAAGUGACUUAUCACUGAUUUUAAUGGGAUUUUUUAAUUACCUUGUAGAUAUAUAAACAAUGGGAAAUAUAAAAAGACUAGUGGUAAUCUUGACAAAAAUAGGAAACCUUUUUAAAAAUGGAAGGAGGUAGGAAAACUUUAAGAAGUUAGUGGCUUAUAGAAACCUAUUGUAUUUUUGAUGUAAAUUAUGGUGAAUGCAAAUAUGUCAUUCUUAUGGAAAUAUCGGUCUUGAAGAAGACGCCACAGAUUGUGCAAGUCUCAUCUCCAGCUGGAUUAAAAGAGUAAUAUAGAAAGCGUUAGUUAGAAGUAAAUAAAUCCGCAACCGGCAACGUUAUUGCAAGAUAUAGUAUAGUUAAAUUAUAUUAGUAUAGUUAUUAUUUAUUAACUAAUAUAUUUUUAUAUAUAUUAACAUAUAUUGUGAGUCAUGUUGCGUGUAUGUGUGCCCCCGACAAUAGUAUUAUAUUAACUGAUGUGUGUCACAAGGAGAUUGUUGAUCGGAACUUACACAUUACGUGUGCAUGUUGUUGCUAAAAGAGUAAAACCUAUAUAACUCAAGAUAAAGAUGGGAAUAAGGUAAUUUGUACCUUUCCAUGUAUUUCUUGAUACCUGCGGUUCUUCAUUAUACGAUGGAGUUGCUGAUUGCAAUUUUAUCAAAUCUAGAUUAACAUUUAUACCCUUCUUUAAAAUGGACUUGAGGCAGAGGUUGUAGAAUUUGUACCUUUCUUUUUGAAAUCAACAUUUCAGUGAAACUAUAUACUCAUGUCGACAUUCAAUUUGUAGUAAAUUAAAACCAUUUUUGCUAUCAAAUUCAAAUGGUUUAAUGUCAUCAUCAAGGAAGAAAGAAAAUAGUUUAUUGCUAAAAGGAGGAAAAACAAGAGGGACAGAAAUACAUAGCAGGGUAACAUCAUGGAUUAUAGAAUUGUAAAAUCCUUAAAUUAUAAUUUAAUUUGUUAACACAUUGGCGACGAAUGAUACAUCAUAGUAUAAAUGCAUUAUUCAAGUUCUAUACUUGGGUACGGAUGAUGCGAAAACAUGUCAUCAAAUAUCUUCGUAUAUUUGUCUCAAAAUAAAUUUAUAAGAUAUUAUAAAUGGUCCAAUUUCCUUUAGAAGAGGCUAUGUUAGAUGUCUCACGAAUUGAAAAAAUUGUUUAUGGAUUUAACUUUCUGUUAUGUGUCGCGAUGAUUGAUACUAAGACUUAUGUAUACGGUAGAGAGAUAAAGUACGGAUUCGACGGUUGGACUUUAGACCGUAAUAACUAUGUUUAUAACACGAUAAAAGAUAUUUCUUUAUGGUUGAUGAAAUGACUAUGCAUCGAUAGGACGAGAGUAAAAUUUGUUAGUCUUUCUUUGGACUCCGCAACUAUUGCAUGUGUUUCUCAACAGCCUGUGGUUUCCUGUGUUUGAAUAGUAAAAAUUUUAUUUCUUAUGUUUUAUUAAAAAUCCUUAAAUGGAGGAAGAAUUACUUUCGAAGAAAAUGAUAUGAAGAUUUUAUCAGAAUUCGCUGAUGAUGAAUAUAACAGUGAAGACUCUGAUAUUGGACCGGUACGACGAGAAGUGCAUCUGUUACACGUGCUUUCAUCGUUACUAUCAAAUAAAGAAGAAACAGAAAUAGGAGAGAAUAAUUGAUUGGAUUGAUCCGAACUUGAUCCAGAAAAACAUAACGAACAAUUCGAAGGUGUCGCUGGAGUGAAAAUCUUUCCAGAUAAUCCUCAAAUUGUUACAGAUGUCACGUCUUUAUUCGUUGGACAUAAUUUAUUUGAAAAAAUUGUCCUCGAAAUAAAUCGUUAUCAUAAUGUAAAUAGCCACAGAUAUAAAAAUUUUGCACAUAGAUCUAAAUGAAUCGAUGGUCACAGUUCCGGAAAUGAAGAAAGUAUUUGCCCUCAUAAUAAUUAUGGAAAUUAGGAAAAAUAAGAUUGGUCCACAAAUUCACUUAUAGAAAUUCCAGUUUUUGGCAAUAUUAUGAGUAGACGUCGGUUUUUGCAAAUUUGUAUUUUCCUCCGUUUCUUUAAUAACACAGUUAUCCGUCCAAAUGACAACAGGCUAAUAAAAGUACAGGAAACUAUAGAUUAUUUUGUAAUAAAUUUAAAAUCAUAUCUAUCACUUAAUGAAGGCAUAAUCCCAUAGAGAGGAAGACUUCGACUCCGAGUUUACAAUCCGAGCAAAAGUAUAAAAUAUGGCAUUUUCAAUAGAAUAAUUGGCGAAUCGAAGACACGAUAUAUUUACAUUCUUUCCUUUAUUGUGAAAAGAGUAUUAUUUUGGAGAAUACUAUUAUGGUAUAAAUCAAAUGGAUCAAUAUCGGAAAGAAUGGCAUCAUGUGUAUGCAGAUAGUUUUUACAACAGUGUAACUUUGACUUCUAAAUUAUUAUCGAAAAAGGUUAGAUUUUGGGGAACAAUAGGAGGAAAUUAGAGAAUGUCGGAUUCUUUAAAAAAAUAUGAAACUGCAGCGUGGAGAGACAUACCGCGAAAGAGAAAGGGGAGAAAUUAUGAUACAAAUAUAGAGAAGUACAAUGUAGUUAACAAUGUGUAGAAGUAGUAAGUAGUUCGGAGUAGUAACAAUGUGUUAAUAUCAUUUAUUGAGUGCUAAAGUGUUUUUAAAUAUCAUUGAUCUAUUUGUUGUCCUAAUUGAAAUAAUAUCUUCAAACCCAAAUACGUAUGCUUUAAUAAGCAAUUCAAUUAAAAGUAUAGUAUGUUUUUAUAAACAAUAUUAAGUACUAUACCUAAAAUUAUUUUUCUUUAUUCCCAUUUUUAAGACGUUUUUAUUUUUUU